UUAAAAAUGGAAAUUAUGUAAAUAAUAAUGAUUCAGCAUGCUUCAACUUUUGAUUACAGCAACUCCAGUAGUGUCUGGCUGCAGAUCUCCUCGCUCCCAAGUCCAGGAAAUGAUGUCACUUUGUUUGAGGAAAUGAUGUGAAUUUUAACAUGGUCGACAAUGUAUAUUUGAAAGGUUUAACUAUCUAUCUUACUUACCUACAGCGUGUGAAAUGGAUCUGAAAUAAAAUAAGUUGCUUUUUGUUUGUUUUAUUAACUUCAGGGAAGAGAAAAAUGAGAGGCUGGUGAGAGAAAGACUGUUUAUAGCUGCCAUAACGUAAGUGAUAAUUAGUAAUUUACUAGCAAGUAACGUUUUUUACACAGACAUUCCACAACAUUAAAUGUAACUAUAAAUGGAUAAAAAGCAACAUGUGUCGUUCAUCGUUCAUUAAUAAGUUAAAAAUUGUAAUCAUUGGCAAAUCUGUGUGGUAUAUGAGGAAUAAAACAUUUUGGACAUGCUGUUAUUGGAAAACAAUCAACUUUGUUUUGGUAAAUGGUAACAUCAUUGAUUAUUUUCCUGUAACAGCACGCCCCCUUGUGUUUCAUUGCUUACUUGUACCACAGAGCGGUUAAAUGCUCGAAUCUGAUUGGUCAGAAAGUAAGCAUUAUUUUGUUCCGUUAUUAUUAGUUCCGGCUGUAACAUGAACUUUAAUAUUAAAUGCGCUGUUAUUGUUUCUAUAGUAACAGGUCAUGCACAGAGACUUGUAUGGCAGCACGUACCUUAAGACUAACAGUAAACAGAUUUAAAAACACGGUGUUUAACAACCCGGCGGUGGAUUUGUGCCGGAUAACAGCGCAGUCUGUCGUGUGUUAUUCCUGACUUAACAAUAUUUCUUUUUUCCCUUUUAUGUUUCCAUUCACUGUUGUGGAUUUUGUUUAUUUUAUAUACAUGUUUUCUUUAACAUGUCCACAACAAUUUUAAAAAAAAACGACACCAGUAUCAUUUUUGAUUUUUGACAUAGCUUAAAUAAGGAAUUACUAACAGUAUCAGUGGAAAACGUUUCAUUUUAUUUUGGUCUGCACAGAUUCAUAAAUGGCACAGCUCUGGUGAGUUAAUAAUAUUUAUCACAGUGUAACUCCCAGAGCUUGCAGCAGAAAUGUCUCGUGAAGCCGCUCAGGACGGAAAUAUUCCUGGUGGCGGAAAUGACGGAAGUCGUGAUAACUCUUCGCCUGCUGAUGUCAGUAAUGACAUGAAUGUAAAACAAUAGUACCGAAAUUGGUACAAACACGAUUUUCUACGUGCCCGCAGGAGUUAGGAGCAAUACUCACACCUAUUCAGGCUGCAGCCAUGAGAGAAAGUAACGGUAAUCGUGUAAAACAAACAAAACAAGCAGGCGGAAAAGACCGGAAGCUCCGGACUGCACAGGGUUAAACAGAGCGGUGUGGUGAAUGUGUAGAGCUCUACUGUAGUGCACCACACACAGCCAAUGGGAUGCGCGCGCUGCAUGACUCAAGCACGGAUAUUUUGCGUUUAUUCCCGGGAAUAAAACCGACACGGGUGGAUUACUACGCGUUAUAAGACGCCAUGGAGCAGCGGACUACACAUGCGGCGUUAAACGGAGGAGCGGAGCCGCGGAAAAGGUCCAUUACAGCUCUCUACUCACACAAAUGGAUCAUUCAUCUACCUUAAGAGUACCGAUUAUAAGUGUACUUUGGUUUUUACUGAAUAACUUAUGGUCUCAACCAUGAAUUCAAACAGCUUGCAACAAAAUUUCAUCUUAUUUCUCGAAAAGACAAGAGAGACUAAAGAGGCACCCAAAACCCUCAAUGGGCGUCUCAAUUGCGAAAAAUGCCGCUUUUCAACCAAAGACACUGCGCUAUUUGAAAGGCACGUGGCUCAACAUGAGGAAGUGACCUUCUCCUGUACUAUCUGCAACCACAUCUCUUACUCAAGAGUCGAAUCUCAACGACACCUUGUUAAACACAAAGGCUCGUUUCCCUACAAGUGUAAUUGGUGCACUUACGGAGCAGUCAGGAGGGACUACAUGGUAAAACACAUUCAGAGGAUACAUGGGAAGUCUGCAGAUGGAAUCUUCACAACUGAUUGUACUAAAAAAAUUGAAGGGACUAAAGGUCUGUGCCUGCCCACUCCAAGAACUUUGGGUGGACCUUCAUGUGAUGUAAAGGUUGUGAGCCAUUCAGCAGGAAAUGUGUCCAGUCUACUUUCUAGUGCUAGUCAGACAAGACCUAGUGCACCAUAUCAUGUUACAAGUACAACUUGCAGUCUACCCAUUAUUAAGUCUCAACCCUACAUUGUGCCCAGUACUACUCACACAGUAUGUAAAGUUACACAAGGAAUUAUUAAUCCACCAAAUAUCACUGUUAAAGAAGUAGGUCCAACUGUAGGUAAAGCAAUAGAGUAUAUUAAAAAAAUGACUGAAAAAACAUCCUUGGAAAAGACUGCUGUAACAAGUGCACUUCCCAGAGUUCAUGUUGGCAUAUCUGCAGAUCGUGCAGUUCAGCAAAAGCCACCGCUUCAGAGCCACGUGGUAGGUACCACAGAGAAGACAGCAGUUCAGUCCAAAAUAAUUCCGAAAAUUCAAGUUGGACUUCCAGUCACUACUAAUAACCAUCUGAAGACACUUCUCAGCAACCAGCGUGAAGCUCCAGUAGAACAAAAGUCAGUCAUUUCUGGAGCUGUACAAAAUAUUCCAGUGGCACAUGUAGUACAAAGGUCUGUUCCAUCUUCAGCAAAUACCACUAUCCCUGUUGAGCGAUUCAGACAGGGAGUACCAUCCAUAAAACGUGGGGCUCAGACAUCAGUUAAAAACAGUCAACACAAGGCAAGACCCAAUAUCCUUGUGAGGACACCAACUAUGACUCUUGAGUCAAGUACAAAGACAGAUGUACAAAUGGGAUUAUUAGCACCCUUAAACCAGCCCAUCCAACACAACAGACCCUUGAUGAUACCAAGUCCUGAGGAGAGAAACCCUCCCCGGUCCAGUGUUCAAGUGGAACUGCUAGCACCUUUAAAUCAGCCCAUACAACACAACAAACCCUUAACGGUAUCCUGUCCUGAAGAGAUUACCAUCCCGGCUGGAUGCCUCGUUGAAUUGGUGGAGGUGAAAAAUGUCAACGGUACACGCGAAUUGGAGCUUCGGCUAGUACCACAGCAGCUUACUGGACCUCAGCAGGGGGACUUGAAAAGUACUACUGAAUCUGCUACAACAAGCAGAUUGUCAUUUAAAUGUAGGGUUGCUACAGGUGAUAAUCAACCAAUAAAUAUGAACCACGAAAUCAAAACCCCAAGGGCAAAUGCCAUUCCUGAGCACCUGGUCCAGCGCUCAUAUCUGAAGAAACCUUCAGCAGAUGACAAGGUAAAUGUGAAAAAUGAAACCGAGGUGAAUGAGAAAGUGCUUUGUUCCAGGAAGAUUGGAACUCAGGCACCAGGAUCUUCAAGUAAAUGGUUCCACACUGUCUCAAGGUCAGUAGUGUCUAACCCUUCAGAAUCACCCAAGUUUACGCAACAACUAUGUGCUGGACAAAAAAAUGUUGCAACAGAACCGGUUAAGCCACUGUCUCAUGUGCACUGCACAGUAAAAAACAUUUCUCCACAUGCAAGUAACAAGAAUAUUACAGCUGAAGGUCUUAAAUAUGAGCUCAGAGCUGGUCAACUAACACCAAACAAACAGGAAGAUGCAGAAUUGAGUUGUCAAGGACUCCCUGUCAUUUCAUCUGUUUUUUCACUGUGCCCUAUUCCUCAAGAUACUCUGAGCCAUAUUCACACCAGAGAAGGAGAGGCCCAGAUAUCUGUAGAUUCAAGAUCAAAAGAAAGCAUAAAAAACACGGACAACCCAAGAGUCUGUAGACCUACCCUGAAAACAGAGGAUGAAACAAGAUCGUUGACUGACAGCAUUCGUAAAUCUGGUCAACUUACUGAGAAGAAGGAUGAGAUUUUAGAAGAACCCAAGACACCUGAAGAUAUAGUGAAAGAAAAGCUAGAUGCUAUGGGGGAGAAGACAUUUCCAAAUGAUGAGGAGGACAAGAUUAUACCAGAACUCUCUAGAUCUUCAACUGAUGCUCUACAGACAGAUCGGUCAUCCAGUAUGAACAGUUCAUCAGUGAGCAAGUCUGACCAUUCCACACAACCUGAAAAAAUGGAGAAAACAAAGUUGGAAUCAGAGAAGAGCUUGCUUGCAAAGAAUGACAGUCCUCUCGCUUCGUCCAUGAAUCCUAUAGUAGCUUUGAUCAGAAUGCCAAGCUUGGAAUUUUUUUCCCUUUCAGAAACUGCAAAUAAAGAUCAAGAGAAACAAAAUAAUGAGGAAAGCAUAACUGCUCGUCCUGUUGUCUGCUGCACGUCAAAUCAGCAAAACCUACAAGAAAGAACAAUUAAGCUGGUUUUAAAGAGAAAACGGUCUGAUACUAACACUGAUCAAGACAAAAGGAUAGGCCUAGUAUGCAUUGAUGUACCACCCACAAACAAGAAAGCUAAAAAAGAAAAGAAGAGGGCUAAGAAACACAAGUCUUCUAAAGACCAGCAGUUGUUGGGGAAAAGUACAAUGGGAAAAAUGUGUUUAACGCCGCUAAAAGAUGAUCAACUAGUCAAACUUCCAGGACCAAAUCAACCUGUGGUGGUUCUAAACCAUCCAAAUCCACUAGUCCAUAUGGUCAGUGCAGAAGGUCAGCACUGUAGAAACUCAGCUCCUGACCUCUGUAAUCAGGAUGGAACCACUCUGCCCAAACCUGUGAGAACAUGUCCUGCAUUUAAAAUGACACUGAAAAAAGUCCAGGGACAGAAUUAUCAGGUCACGGAGCUUCUUCUAAAAGGUGUCUCUGAAAAAACAGUGCUCUGACAGCAUUUGUUUUUAAUGAGCACUGUUUUUAACAAACCCUGGUUAACUAUGUUCAUCGUAGGUUUCUCCUCCAUCUGUACACCUUUGCUAGUGUUUUACCUAGCUACUUUGCAAGCUAGAUAGAUGCUGCAUUUGGAACAGUAGGAUGUAGCUGCUAGGAACACCAGGCUUUAAGGGGGUUUGCUAAAAACAGUAUUGGAAUACAAGGAAAUAAUUUUUUACAGUAUUUUUACAGUGUUUCCUGGAACGUCGUUUGGGACCCUUCAUGACAUUUUAGUUGUUAUUUAAUGUUAUUCAGUGUACUUCAAAAUCUACUGAAGGGAUCCAAAAUCGUAAUCUGGAUCUAGAGCAACUUGUUACAUGUACAGGAAAGCUUUUAUGUUUGUAUAUAAAGAAAUUUGGUUUAAAGAAAUGUUUUUGUACUUUUGACACAAGAACUUGACAUUUCCAAUAUAUCACAGUGUUCAGCGUCAGUUAUUCCACUAUAGAAUUUUAACAUAACCACACAAACAAUAUUUAAUUAUUAUUAUUAUUAUUAUUUUU